UUGAGAAUGACUGAGAAGGAGGAUCAAUCCAAUAACCGCGUCUACAUGUCUUCUGGUUUUGGAGUCCCGCAUACGCCAUGGGACGGCAACGAUGGCCUUAUGGUCGACCGAGCUUGUCGCAGUGAUCGCGCACCAAGGGCCACAGCCUGGUAUCAAGAGACGCAUUAGAACGUGUCGCGUUUGUCGACUGCAUGAAUUAGGCGGCAUAUCCGAGCAAGCGGAAAGCUCUCUUGAUGAAAACCCUGUGAAAAUGGAGGCUGUAGGUAGCGUUCAAGACAACGAGUCACACGGAAGCAUUUGGGUGAGACUUCGAGACCCAUUCGUUUCCAACAGGUCUUCGGCGACGAUAGAACCCCAUACUGAUGCUAUGAGGGAAUGCAUAGGACGAGUAGGCCUAGUUCAUAACAUCCAGUCAGGAGAUAACGCUUCAGAUAUUUCUUCGACGUUGCAGCCGUCAUCGCAGGCACGGAUGGUCCUCUUCGGCAUCGAAUCCGAGUGUAGAAUUUCUUCUUUCCGUCCCAGAACGUAUCGCAUGCAAGAUGAUGGCGAUCCGAGCAGGCCACAGAAUGCCAGAAAAUUCUGAAAAAAUGAGUGGGGGAAUUACUUCGUCGUGGGGACGCGGGAGUGGCACGAUUGUGUGGCGGCCAAUCGCAAGCCUGGACCGCUG